CAAAAACUGCAGGAUCUAUGAGUAUGAGUGUGAAUCUAUGCAUAUUUUGCUGGUGAAUCUAUUGUUGGAUUACGGAUUUGUUAAAGCCACCUGUCACACUCAGUGACAGGGUUGGAUUUGUACCUUCAUGUUUCAGGACAAGAUUGAUGAAAUGUUGUUAACAGAACUUCAGACGUACUCCUUGACACACAUGGCCAAUAUGCCAUUCUCUUCUGCUUCGUCAGGAGACAACUCUUUCUCCUUUAUCACCGAAAAGGGCGUUGAUAUUUUGCAGGCUGGGAUUGGUAGAACUGGGUUGUGGUGGUGGCUCACCUGUCUGCUGCUGGUCACAUCGCUGGGUGCUGUCUCGGCCGAUGAUGCGACCAAUCAGAUGUUCGGUGGGCGUACCGAUGGAAUGCCAGCUGCCUUUGGUGACUUUAAUUCUGAUGAACUGACGGACAUAUUUGUGAUUCGUAAUAAUGCUCGCACCUUGGAAAUUCUCUUUGGUCAAGAUAAAGAACCCUCGAUGGUCUCAUCAGGAAUAAAGUGCACGUUCAACAAGACUACAAUCACAAGCGUUGUUCCCGGUGAUUUCAAUGGAGAUGCGUUGAUGGACGUGUUGGUAACAUUGUUUGAUCCAUCACAGACGGAAUUCAAUCAAGUGGUAAUUCUGUGGGGUGAAAUGAACAAAAUAGUUUGUUCUGAAGAGCCAUUGUUCAGAAUGAGGGGUCAACCUUUGGCGAUCGAUUAUGAUAAGAAUAUGAUCAUUGACUUGUUUGGUGUGGAUGAGAACUAUAAUAGGUCGUUCUGGGUAUUCAGUCAGAACAAAACUAUGCCAAAGAAAUUCAGUAUGAAUAACAAUGAUGAGGAGUUCAAGGGUUCUAUAAGAAUUCCACAUUCUCACGCCUUCUUGGAUCUGAGUGGUGACGAUUUGGCAGAUCUCUACAUCACUACGGAGGAAAGCUUUGAGGUUUGGAAGGGAAAUGAAGAUAUUUCAAAGGGUUUCAAACCGUGGAAAAUUAUUCCACUACCUCCUGGCUUUAGUAAAAAUAAACAACAUGUAAUUGGGCAAACAAUAUUUCUUGACGUAGAAAUGGAAGGAAAACUGGACCAUCUUGUCCCAGUUUGCUUUGAUCUAAGCUGUAAGAACAGUAGCAUCUUAGUGUACAAGUAUUCGAACAAGACAUGGCACAAUCUACAGGUAAACUUUCACGAAGAAGGAACGGCCAAUCUCUGGAAGUUUGCGUAUAAUAGCGAUACAACCAAUUUCAACGAACGUUACACUGAGACGAUAACACUGAGAGCAGGGGACUUUAAUAUGGACGGAUAUCCUGAUCUGUUGGUUACUUUGGUGAAUGACGCACGUGGCACAGAGUUCAAAUCUUUCCUUUUGGAGAAUGUGCCAUGCAAAACCACUUGUUCCGAGUUCUCUCGCACAUUUGAGGUGCGAUGGAACACACUAAGCCCUUACAACAACAAUACAGUCUUGGGUGUUUUCUACGACUUCCUCCAAGAUGGUGUUCUGGACAUCAUCUUUGUUCACAACAAACCGACGUAUAAUGUUUCUGCGUACAGGAACACGAACAAUUACGACGCCAACUUUGUAAAAGUCAUGGUUGUGACAGGACUAACAAACACAGACCACCCGUUGGCUGUUGGUCCAUUAACAAAGUCAGCGGGAGUUUACGGAACCAAUCUUCCAGGACCCAAAGUCUUCUACGUCACGACUACUCAGGAAGGCGACCCCAGAUCGGCUGUGGCGACCCAGAUACCUCAGUCUGCCCAUUUCACGCUGAACCUUCCUUACACGAUCUUCGGUCUGGGUCGCACCCCGAACUUCAUAGACUCGCUGACAGUCCAGGUCUACGGGAAGUAUAGGCAAUGGACGCAGCUCAUCCCAAAUUCCCAGAUGGUUGUGAUUCCCUGGCCUGUUGAUGAAUCCAAUAACUGGAAGGUUCAGUUGUUUGUCACGCCAAGUAAGCUCAUCUUCCAAAGUGUCUUGGCACUCUUAGCUACCUGCGUCGUCAUUUUCUUCAUUAUCGCUGCUCUCUACUGGAAAGAACGAAAAGAAGACCAUUUAGAGAAGUUGCAGGAAGCACACAAGUUUCAUUUUGAUGCUAUGUAAGUUGUAUGUAUGUGAACAAUUGUAAAAAUCCAGUCUAUAGUUUUUCCCGUUGUAAUAAAACUAAGUCGUUAUUAUGUUAUGUAGAUUUUAAAAUUAACAUGUAUAUUUUUCAUUGUAAUUAAGUGUAUAUAGUUUAACUAUAAUAGGGAAAUAUAGAUAAAUCGAAAACUUCAAACACUGUACAAAAUAUGACACUGCUUGACCCCUUUCCCUAAACCCAACUUCGUUUUAAACUUCCUUUGUAGAUCAACUGGAAUUUCAGUUUUAAUAUUCAUAUAAAAUAUUUGUGAGGAUAUUUUUCGAUUGAAGUCUUGGUGUUUGAUAAUAGUUGUAUUACUUUUAUAUAAUCAGAUUGUAUUUGGAAGUUGACACUUUGUUUUUGUAGACUAAAGUAAUAUAAUUUUAAAAUUGAAACAAAAAUUGUUUGGAAGAAAGUUAAUUCCAUUACUUGGACAGAAAUUUGAACUACAAUUAAUUGUUCGUUGAUUAAAUCACCAGUAAAGCUUAAAAUAGGAAGAGAUACAUACUGAUAAUGUAAUAUAGCCAGUUGAAUAAUUAAUCUCAUUACUUUUUAUAGACAACAUAAACCACUGUGUGUGUUUUAUGUAAAGAUAUAUGCA